AUGGAUUUAUCAUGUUCACGCAUAUUAACCACUUCGUCAAUAGCAAAUCUUUCAUCAGGUGCAAUAAUUAUACCAGCUAUGAAAAAUUCUUCAUCAGUUACUAAAAACCUUAUUAAUCCUUUGCGUAUUGGUGACGCUGCUGUACAAAAAUUACGUACAAUAACAACAACACCUGUUAUUAAAACAUCAAAUGAUACAAUCAAUACCAAACCAACGAUUUUUAUUAUGAAUAAUAACAAUAAUAAUUCAAUUAGAACAGAAUCACAACAACCAAUGACGAUUAAUCGUCUUCUAUUAACUAAUAAUAAUCCUACUACAAAUUCAACGAUAAUUAAUGGACAAAAUACAAUUAAUUUUGCUACCCUCGUUAAUAAUUUAAAUACAUUAAAUCAAAUAGCUUUAUUACAAUCAACAAAUUCUAAUGUAUCAACACAAAAUAGUAUAACAAAACUUUUUGAAACACCUAUCAAUGUUAUUCAACCAUCAUCUUCAUCUUCACAUACUGAUUUUGUAGUUUCAUCAAGUAAUAAAGAAAAUCGAAAUGAACAAGUUUUUACUAAAACAAAAACAUUAGUUGAAUUAUUAACAAGUUCAAAUAUCCAACCACCAUCAUGUUUUGGUUCGUCAUUAAUAGAACCAUCAACAAAGACACCAUAUUCAGAUGCAACAUGUACACGAUCAAAAAAACGUAUUAAUCGUAUAAAACGACCAAUGAAUGCAUUUAUGGUUUUUUCUCAAUUAGAACGUCGAAAAAUUGUACAAUUAGCACCUGAUAUGCAUAAUGCUGAAAUAUCAAAAUAUUUAGGUGCACGUUGGAAAUGUUUAACAGAAAAUGAACGACGUCCAUUUAUUGAUGAAGCUGAACGUUUAAAAAUGCUUCAUUUACGUGAAUAUCCUGAUUAUAAAUAUAAACCACGUAAACGAUUAAGAAAAGGUUUAUUAACAAAUAAUUCAUCAAUACAUAUUGAUACAUCAGAUACUUCAUCGGAUGCCUUAUUAACAUCAAAAUUAGAAACAAAUAGUAAUAAUAAUGAUAAUAAUAGUAACAAUGAAAAUAAUUCAAAUAUAAGUGAAAAUCUUUCUUUAACAAAUUCAAAUAUUGAUGAUUUAUUAUUAUCAUCACAACAACAAUUUGAUCCACUUUUACUUGAUGCACUUGCUACAGCAGAUCUACAAACACAAGAAGCUUUUUUUAAUCAACUUCAAGCAUUUGGAGAUUUCAAAUUAUGGGCUGAUCUGGAUUUAUCAAAUAUUGAUGUAGCUUUAUAA